CAAAGGAAGGCAUUAUCUUAUUUUGCCUUUAAACCUGGAAAAAGAAGGAAAGAAAGAAGCAGCAGUGAAGUUGAGCACAGGACAUUGAUGGGAAAUCCAAAGAAAGAGCUGCUAAGCAAAGCGCCAUGGAGGGGCGACGACGACCAAGAAAAAUCCAAAACAUUCGAUGAUGCCAAGCUCAAGGUUACCAGUCAGCCGGGCUCCACCCCCAAAAUGCACGUCCCUCGCCGCAAGUCUGCAGCUUCCCAAAUUGACGACGACACCCUCGAGAUUGACCCUGAACUCCGUUACAGCUUCCAGCGCAACUUCAAGUUUCUGCAACGAGUUUUUAGCAUAGAUAUUGUUGUGAAGCCUCUUCCACCUGCAAUGGCAUACAAUGUUUCUUGCAACUUGAGCUUCUUCACACGCAUAUUCACUCCGUUUUUCGAUCCAGAAGGUAUUGCAAAUGCACAGAAAUCACUAGGGUUGGGACAGGAAGAAAAGGCUUGUCGUGUACGCUAACUAGAUGAAGCUGCAGGUCCAGAAGGUAUUG